GUUUCAUCAGAGGUAAAACCUUAUUACUGGUAUGACCUGGUAUAUACACCGGGAAGAGUAUUCUCUCAGUAAGUGCAAAGCCAUGGAGGAUAGAUUAUUGGCCCGCAUUGGUCCAACUGGAGGUGGUGAUGUGAGAGCAGCUUGCAAGAAAUGUGGAUAUCCUGGACAUCUUACAUAUCAGUGCAGAAAUUUUGUGAAGGUAGACCCCCAGAAAGAUGUUGUGCUUGAUGUUUCAUCAACUUCAUCAGAAGAAAGUGAUCAUGAAACACCUCUGACACAACUCCACACGCAAGAACUGCUAGAAAAGAUGAAACGGGAAAAGAGAAUAAAAAAGGAAAAUGAAAAGAUCGAAAAGAAAGAAAAAAAGCGAUCGGGGAAGUCGGCAAAAAACAGAUCUCGAUCACCAGCUGAACGAAGAAAAAGGAGAUCAAAAUCACCAGUUGUGGAAAAAAACGAAAGGAGGAAAUCAGAAACUGUAGACAGUAGUUCAGAAAGUAAAACAAAGCAUAAAAAAAAAAAAGAAGGAAAAGAAAAAGGAAGAAGAUGCAUGAUAAGGAAAAAAGAAAGGGAUAAGGAAUGA